AUGUCCGAUCAUCAACUCGCGAAGAAAGAAGCGACGAAAGAAAAGAAACAGGCGAGACAAAUCAUCUCUUCCUGCCAGGAGAAAUGUCUUUUGAAAACAAAACUGAUGGGAGAAAGGAUUGAAUCGGAUACAAAGCCGGAAAAGAAGAAACCAAAGAAUUCAACGCUGGAGCCGAAGUCGUCUACUCCUACUCGAAAAAAGUCCCCUGCUCGAUCGCAGCAGAAGAUGGACCAGCAGCUGAGAGAGCAGAAAUUGGACGCAAGAAGGUCAUCAAGUAGAAUUCGUCCAUCAAUUAUCCCUGCCGAGGGAUAA